CCAGGUCUCUUCCAACUCCAGGAUUCUAGGAUUCUAUUAUAUUAUAUUGUAUUACAUUAUAUAUUAUAUUAUUAUUAUGUUGUCCCCAAGUUACAUACAUAUAGGUUGUCCCCAAGUUACAAACAUCCUCUGGUGGCGCAGCGGGUUAAACCAUAGCUGCUGAACUUGCUGACCGAAAGAUCAAUAGGUACCGCUUCUGCGGGUACAUAACAGAAGUCGUGCCAGUGGCCACAUGACCUUGGAGGCACCUACGGACAUGUCCGACUCUUUGGCUUACAAAUGGAGAUGAGCACCCAAGUCCCAGAGUCUGACACAACUAGGGUUAACAUCAAGGGGAAACCUUGGCCUUUUUACCUUCCUCUGGCAGGUAUAAUCGAUCCCCUUUGGCCAGAUGAGUUGCACUGAAAGGCAAAAUGUUACCAUUCUAAUUCUUCCUGCUGUCUUUGUUUGCUUGAUUAGUCAAUAACUAACCAAAGCAGGGGUUAUUAAGGCAGCCUCUGGCAUGAGUGAGUGGCCAGGACAGCAGCCGAAGGAAGGGACACUUCACCUGCUUCCAAAGGCCAUGCUACUGUUGCGGCUGCUGACGUGGGAUGUGAAGGACACGCUGUUGCGGCUGCGUCUCCCAGUGGGCGAGUGCUACUCGGCUGCGGUGCGCUCCUGGGGCCUGGAGGUAUCUCCCCGGGCAAUGGAGGCUGCUUUCCACCAGGCGCACCGGGAGCGCAGCCAGCGCUUCCCGAACUACGGCCGGGCGCAGGGCCUGGGCUGUGAGGAGUGGUGGCUGGGCCUGGUGCAUGACACCUUCCGCCGUUGCGGCCUUGCCCAGGAGGUGGAUUCUGGCCUGCUGGGCACUCUGGCGGAGCAGCUCUACCGAGACUACAGCCGGGCGGAGUCCUGGGAGCCACUCCCGGGUGCCCUGGAGACCCUGCGCCGGCUGCAGGAAGCUGGCCUCCCCAUGGCAGCCGUCUCCAACUUUGACCGCCGCCUGGCAGAGCUCCUUCACAACUGCGGCCUCAGGGGACACUUCUCUUGGGUGCUCAACGCGGAGGAGGCCGGCUUUGCCAAGCCUGACCCGCGGAUAUUUCUGGAAGCCCUGCGCCUCUCCGGAGCUGACCCAGGCUUGGCUGCCCAUGUGGGGGAUGACUACGAGCACGACUAUCGGGCUGCCCGCCAGGCCGGGAUGCACGCCUUCCUGCUCGCUGGGACUGGGACACCACCAGCCGAAGUGCCCCGUGGACACCUACUCGAGUCCCUCUCACAGCUGCCCAGCCGGAUCGGCAGGGCUUAGUAGACUUGGGCCCGAAUUAGUUUUAACAAAAAUGAUUUGUAGUUUUUGGUGGGCUGUUUUAUAUGAUAUCCGAAAAUGGAAUGGGGAGGAGUGAGACAAGAAGUCCAGCAAAACAGAUCAAGAGAGCCAGAUUGUAUUGGUUCUGGAGAGGAAGGAGUUAAGUCUGCAAUGUACCUGAGGCAGGGGCAUGCCGUGUCCUCCUCCUCCCUUCUUGGAAAGUUCCCUCCUCCUCCCUCCAGGGAGGGCCCUGCUGGGAACUCGCUUUCCCAGCAGCAUUUGCAUAGGGCGGGCAUUGAAAAGUUCCUCUAGGAGCAUGAUGAGAGUUGGGUUUUUUUCUCUGUGGGUUUCCCAGCCAAUAAAAAGCCAGGUGGUGUCCAUGCUCUGAUUGGCUGAGAAUGGGCACAACCAACGACUACAAUUCCCAGAA